ACGCAAUUGCACGCACAUUCACACAACAGGAGUGACCUACUCCUUCUCGCCAGAUCAUUGCAGUUUUCCUUCAUUUCAGCACGACAUUACUGGGCCUUGCUGUAAGCUAGGCAUUAUUUUCCCCACCAUCCAUCACCACCACCUCUACCACCACCUCUACCACCACCACCACCACCACCACCUCUACCACCACCACCUCUACCACCACCACCCCAACCACCACUACCUCAAGCACAACCACUACUAGUAUGACAGCGCCAGGGGGAAGCAAGUCGGUGGCCCAGGUCAUGAGCCGCGUGGAUGCGGCCACGUUCAACCGGCUCGACUUCCGACGCGUGAAGCCCGAGGCGUUGCCCGAGUACGGCCGCGGGCGGAUCGUCAACCGCUACUUCGACAUCCUCCCGGCACCAGAGAGCAGGGUGAAGCUCUCUGUCGUGAAUGGCGAUGAGGCAACGGAGUACAUCAACGCCAACUACGUCAAGGGCGCCAACGGCAACGCCCGCCACUACAUUGCGGCGCAGGGCCCGUUGCCGGCCACGAAGCACGCUUUCCUGCGCAUGAUCUUCGAGCACCGCAGCUCCGCAGUGGUGAUGGUGACGAACCUUGUGGAGGCCGGGCGCACCAAGUGCGAGCAGUACUGGCCGCACAACGUGGGCGAAGAGGUGGAGCACGACGGCAUCCACGUGAAGCUGCUUGCGCGGGAGCAGGACGCAGGGUUUGUGCGCAACGAGCUCCAGCUCACACACAACGGCGAGACGCACCGCACCAUGCACUUUUGGUACAACACGUGGCCCGACCGCGGUGUGCCGACAAAGGACGGCAAGAUGUUCACCGCCAACGUGCUCAAACUUGUUUUCGCCGUGCGCAAGCACCGCAGCAAGGCGGACCGCUUCCGCUCCCCGGCAGUCGUGCACUGCAGCGCUGGCGUGGGGCGAACGGGAUGCUUCGUGUGCAUUGAUCAGGCGUUUGGCGCCAUUGAGCGCGGGCAGAGCGUGGACCUGGUCAAGUUGAUUGACGAGAACAGGCGGCAGCGCAUGGCAUUUGUGCAGACGGAAGUACAGUACCUGUUUGCACAUCGCGCCAUCUCGGAGUAUGCGCGCUGGUACCUCGUCAAGGGCCACAAGCACGCGCAACAGCAACAGCAGCAGCAGCAGCAGGAGAAGCAGGAGAGGAAGCAGCGGCACGCGCAGGAGGCGGCGCCCAACAAGCGGGCAGCCCAAUCCACAGCAGCAACAGCAACGACAGCAACAGCAACGACAGCAAUGACAUUCAAGGCCGUGACGGGGCUCGGCACCACCACCACCACCACCGCUGCAGUGCAGAAGGAGGUGGAGGAGGAGAACGAUGAAGCAGGCGAGACACGUGCGACUGGUGCGAGUGCAGAAGACCAGCUGUUUAUGACCACAGGCGCAUUUGGCAAUCCGGACAACAACGCCGACGUGCUCACAUACAAGGCCGGAGAGGUGAUGGCGCUGGUGGACAAGUCUGAGCACUGGUGGCACAUGCGGCGCGUUGGCGGCGGUGGCGAUGGCGAGGAGGGCUGGGUCAUGCCAGAGAUGUUGAAGCCACACGUCGCAGCGGCACAGGGCACCGGCAGUGCCCUGAACCAGCCAACAGUAGCAACAGCAGCAACAGGUACAGGCGGUGUUCAGCUUCGACCGAAGAAGCGUGGCAGCGUUUCCAGCCCGGCAUCACGCAGACACUCUGGCGUUGGCAAUCCGUUUGCACACGACCGAAAGGCGCGCGCGCACACGCGUACACGCACGCGGUCGACGGCGUCCACGUCAUCGUCGGCGUCCUCCACGCGCUCAGACACACACGCGCGGCAGCGGCAGACGUCGGAGGGCACAAGCCCAAGCAGGCGCGCCAGGAACCCGUUUGCGCCUGCCUUGAAGGAGUCGUGCAGUAGUGGGGUCAUUGGAGCAACAGCUGCUGCGACAGCGUCAGCGAAGAAGCCGGCAAAAGCCAAAGCAGCAAACCCGUUCUCAGCUUUUAUCCUCCCAGGAGACGUCCAGAACAAGCUGCAACAGCAGCAGCAGCAGCAGCAGCAGCAGCAGCAACAGCAGCCGCCUGCGUCGUUUGAGGAGAUGAUGGAUAUGGUGGCCGGCAUGAACGAGUCAGACUUUGCCGACGACACGACACCGAGCACAACAACAACAGCAGCAACAGUGACAACAGCGGCAGCACAGGGUGUGCGGGCGCGAGCUGCAGCAGGACAGGCGCCUCACCAGCGUGCUGGGGCUGCCGGUGCUGUUGGUGAUGGUGGUGUGAGGCAACACGCAACCGCAGCGGCGCUGGAGAAGGAGCACACGUUUGAGGAGAUGAUGGAUUUUGUUGUUGCGCUGGAAACCCAGGGCGAAGCGAGCGCAGACGCCACACCAACAAGUUCAACUGCGGCGGUGGCGAGCAUGCCGACGGCAGCAACAACAGCAGCUAAGGUAGAUACCACCUCGCCUACCUCCAUCACCAGCAACAGACCAAGCAGCAAAGGUGCAGCGAAUGGUGCUGGUGAUGAUGACGGGGUGAUGGACACAUCUGCGGCGUCUGCCAUGUCUGUUUGGACGCCGUCGAAGCUGAAACUCGCCGGCACACACACGGGGGAGACGGAUAUGGAUGCACGCCCCGAUGAGGCCGAUGAUCGCGAUGGCAAUAUGGCCAGUGCGCAGCCAUACGUCUCCGCUUUGCCGCCAUGGACGUUUGUUGAUGCCAACGGCGUUAUAUCGCAGCUCUGCGCCGUCUCUCCCCAGCACACGCUGCCUCGGUUGAACCGUGCUUUGCUGCGAGCGCCUGCGGAGAUGCAGGGCCCGGCCAUUGUCAGCCAUGACCACACAUGGCGCGACCCCGUUACCGGUGGCUUUGCCCUUGUGCGCUCACAGCACACGGAAUCGCAAGUGUGACGUGUGACAUGACAACCGCGCGUGUGUGUAUGUGCGUUGAUGUGAGUGAAUGCGUUGACGUGACGUUGUGGUGUUAGCAGAGAAGCAGUUCCUCAUCUCUGCAAACUGAAGUCAGUUUUUGGUUUACGACAGCAUAAAAGUUAACC